GUUAGCGGCGCUGUGAGCAAAGUUAUCGGGCACUUUGUUGAGCUAGUUGAGCAUCUUAACUAGUUGAGCGUCUUAAUAACGCAGGGAAUGUCACGAGCCUUAGCAAGUACAGUAUGCAGUUGACGAAAUGGCCUCGACGCCCGAACAAGUUGUCUGCACACCGACUUUUGUUUUUCCAGCCGCUUUCCCAGAAACAUACGGCAAAUUGCUGAUUGCCGAAGCGAGCAGCUGUUACGGAUUUGACCCUCGGCAGCACCUGGCCAACUUUCACGCCACUGCACCCACAGCAGCCAGCAGUGUGCCCCAACCAGUGGUGCAGAACACUGAGGAGGCCGCCCACCAAGGUCUCAAGGCGGUCAAGUCACAGCCACGUAGCUCCUUGACAACGCUAAAGAUUCCGCAGGUGCCAGCAAGCGACUUUGGUCGCAGCCUGGGCUCGGCUCCUGUUGCCUUCCCGGGCAUUGAGCCACACAAACCAGCAGCUGCACCUGCCCAGAAGGUGGAAGCCCCAGUGGCUUCUGAGAGCCCCAAAGGGGACAAGCUUUGGCCCUGCCCGUCUUGCAAGGUGCCUUUCAAGGCAGCCUCAGAGCUGCAGCAGCACCUGGGUCAGCACACACGCUCAGAGCGAGCUGUUGGGGCAGUGCCCUGUGAAGUGUGUGGGAAGUUGUUUGCUUCAGCUGAGCGAGUCCGAGCUCAUGUACGGGCAGCUCAUGGUGAGAAGGCCUGCGCUUGCGACAUCUGUGGCAGCGGCUUCAGCUACCGGUGCAAGUUGCUGGAUCACAUGCGGACGCACACGGGUGACAAGCCGUUCCGGUGCGAGGUGUGUGGGAAAAGCUUCUCGCAGAAAAACCACCUGACUCGCCAUGCCAUGAUCCACACGGGCGAGCGGCCGUUCCCGUGCGACUUCUGUGGACGGGGCUUCUACCGCAAGGACAAGCUGGCCCGGCACCGGCGUGUGCACACAGUGGGCAGCAGCAGCAGCAGCACCAGCAGCAGCAGCAGCAGCCAGCCGAGAGCCUCCUGCUCCUCGCCGGGGGUGGGCCCCUCGCGGGGCUCUACCAGCGGCUCCAGCAGCAAGGGCCCCCCAGCACCACCGCCAAUGCCCCCCCAGCUGGGCAACCCCAACCAGACAACCCCUUUCGGCCCAGGCAGCUUCAAACCUGACUGGCAACCCCCUGCCAGUCUGGCCAGUCCCCGUCACUGACUGAUGGCUGUGCUAGUUUUCAUCGAUUCCAGCUUUCAUAAAAGCACGGGAGACAUGGAGGACUGUACCAGAUUGAAAGAAGGCUGUGGAACAUAUCUUAUUUCUCCGUAGUGGUCCUGCAUUGUUUACAAGUAGACAAAUUCAUACUUUGUUUUCAAUAUUGUCAUGGUGUGGCAUGAAAAUGUCAUCCUUUUCUGUUUCCUCUCAUGCCACCGUAAAACAUUAAAGGUGUCUAAUCUCUGA